CUUUGGUUUUGUCUACAAAGGGAUUCUAGGAAGGGAAGCAAUGGCUAUAGCAGUGAAGGUACUCAAACUUAGAGAGAAAGGAGCCGCCAAGAGUUUUAUGGCUGAAUGCAACACAUUGAGAAAUAUCCGACACCGGAACCUUGUCAAGCUAAUCACUUCAUGCUCAAGUAUUGAUUUUAAAAGGGCGGAUUUCAAGGCACUAAUUUUUGAGUUCAUGCUCUACGGAAGCCAUGAGGAGUGGCUACACCAAAGUGAAGGUGAUCAAAAUGAACACCCUAGAAGUUUAAGUCUAACUCGGAGACUAUGUAUAGCAAUCGAUGUCGCAUCUGCCCUGGAGUGUCUUCACCAUCACUGUGGAGCAGCGAUUGUUCACGGUGAUCUGAAGCCAUAAUAUUCUGAUUGACCAUGACAUGACUGCUCAUGUGGGCGAUUUUGGACUAGCAAGGUUUCUAUCUGAUAGCCUACUCACUAUUUCUCAGCCUCAAACAAGCUCAAUUUGGAUAAGAGGAAGAGUUGGCUACGUUGCUCCUGAGUAUGGCAUGGGAAGUAAGUCGUCGAUUCAGGGAGAUGUCUACAGCUUUGGAAUUCUCAUACCGGAGAUGUUUACAGGAAGGAGACCCACGGAUAUGAUAUUCGAGGAUGGUUGGAACCUCCAUCAGUUUACUAAGACAGCACUUCCCGAAAGAGUGAUGGAGAUUGCUAAUCUGUCUCUGUUAUCAGAACUUCCCAGUGUCGAUGAAAACAUAACGACGGGAAAUGGCAAAAUAAAGGAGUGUUUGGUUGCAGUGCUGACAAUCGGAGUUUCAUGCUCAAUGGAAUCACCUGUGGAGUGAAUGGACAUGAGAGAUGUGGUAGCAGAAUUGUCUAGAAUUAGGACCAAAACUUUUCCCCAUUAGCAAAACGAUUGUAAUGAAAAAAUAAUUUUAUCCAUCUUGUUUUACACACAAGCAGGAAAUAAAACAGG